AAAUUUUGAUUCCUCUUACAGGCAGAUUUAUUGACUCUCUCACUCUGAAAUCCUCUCAAUUCACUUUAUAAAGCCUUCAGAUAUUCACAUCACACUUACGGAGUGAAGCAAAAUUUGUAUGUAAUAAUUUUUGGUAGCAAGAAUGAGUCUUGUGAAUCCAAUUACAACAUGGUCUCAAACAAAUUCCAUGAACAAAUCCACACAAGAUUUUUCUUUUCUUCCCCAUCCUCUGGAGAACAAACUGACCAUUUCUUCGUUUUCUUCAAAUCCCACAAAAAAAUUUACUGUUUUUUCUUCGAUUUCCAUAUCAGCAAUUCUAACCAAAGAACAAGAAGAAGGUAGCAAAAGCAUAAGCCAAGAAGAACCCACUUUCAAUUUCAAGGUCUAUAUGUUUGAGAAGGCAAGUUCUGUAAACAGGGCUCUGGAAAAUGCUGUCUCAAUGAAGGAGCCUUUUGUGAUUCAUGAGUCAAUGAGAUACUCACUUCUUGCUGGAGGAAAAAGGGUUCGGCCCAUGCUGUGUAUUGCGGCGUGUGAACUUGUGGGUGGGGAAGAAUCCACUGCUAUGCCCUCAGCCUGUGCUGUUGAAAUGAUCCACACCAUGUCUUUGAUUCACGAUGAUCUUCCAUGUAUGGAUAAUGAUGAUCUACGGAGGGGGAAGCCCACAAAUCACAAGGUGUUUGGUGAAAAUGUGGCUGUUUUAGCUGGUGAUGCACUUCUUUCCCUUGCCUUUGAGCACAUGGCUACAGCCAUAAAAAGGUUAUCAUCAGAUAGGAUUGUUAAAAUGGUAGGUGAAUUGGCUAAGUGUGUUGGAUCAGAAGGACUAGUGGCUGGACAGGUAGUUGAUAUAUUCUCAGAGGGAUUAGCAGAUGUGGGAUUAGAGCAUUUGGAGUACAUUCAUAUACACAAAACUGCAGUUUUAUUGGAGGCAUCAGUGGUUCUUGGUGCUAUUUCGGGUGGUGCAAAUGAUGAAGAAAUUGCUAAAUUGAGAACGUUUGCUAGGUGUAUUGGGCUCUUGUUUCAGGUGGUGGAUGACAUUCUCGAUGUCACUAAAUCUUCUCGAGAAUUGGGGAAGACGGCCGGGAAAGAUUUGGUGACUGAUAAAAUGACGUACCCAAAGCUGCUUGGCAUUGAGAAAUCGAGAGAGUUCGCUGAGAAAUUGAAUAGGGAGGCUCGAGAACAGCUUUCUGGAUUUGAUCCUGAAAAGGCUGCACCUUUGAUUGCCUUGACUAAUUACAUUGCGUAUAGGAAUAAUUGAUCUGUUAUUAAUGUAUUUCGCUGUUGCUUCCAAAGAAAAGAAAAAUAGUAAUACUUAUAUGUUCCGUGUUAAUUUUCAUUAAUAUGUAGCAAAAUUGAGAAAUAUUACAGAUCAUCAAUGGUGUUAUUGAAUGCAAAUCUGAAUAUUACUUCU